UCCUCUCCUCAGCACCAGUCAUGUCUCCUCAGGUUCUUGUUUUGUUUACUGUGGUGGCAGUUGCCUUCGGUAGCACUGUUCCACCAUACAAUAUUCCUGCGCCAUCCUACAGUGCCCCUGCUCCGAGCUACAGAACCCCUUCCCCAUCGUACAACGCUCCCACUCCUUCCGGGCCUGCUCAAUAUAAUUUUAACUAUGCAGUGAAGGACGACUACUCUGGAAACGACUACAAUCACCAGGAAAAUCGUAAUGGUUAUGAUACUCAGGGAGCUUACUACGUUCUCCUUCCCGACGGCCGAGUACAGAGAGUUGCUUACACCGUGAACGGCGACUCCGGAUACGUUGCCGUAGUUACUUACGAAGGAGAGGCCCAAUACCCAGCUUACCAACCUACCCCUUCUCGUUCCUACCAGCCGACCCCUACUCCUUCCUACCAGCCUGCUCCUAGCUAUUCUUUGCCUCAAAAUUUUGUAAUUUCGUCAUGCCUUCUUGUCGUCGGUCGGGUCUUUGGCCUCUUUAUGUUACAUAUAUCCCAUUCUGUUGCCUUGUCUCCUUCCUUCAGUAUUCAUUCUCUCCUCAGUUCUACUGCUAUGUCUCCUCAGGUUCUCGUAUUAUUCACCGUGGUGGCAAUUGCCUUUGGCAGCACAGUCCCAUCAUACAAUACUCCGGCACCAACUUACAGUGCACCCGCUCCGAGCUACAGAGCUCCAUCUCCUUCCUACAACGCUCCUGCCCCUUCUGGGCCCGCUCAGUACGACUUCAACUAUGCAGUGAGAGACGACUACUCUGGCAACGACUACAAUCAUCAGGAAAAUCGUAAUGGUUAUGAUACUCAGGGAGCUUACUAUGUUCUCCUUCCCGAUGGCCGUGUACAAAGGGUUGCUUACACCGUGAACGGCGACUCCGGAUACGUUGCCGAAGUUACUUACGAAGGAGAGGCCCAAUACCCAGCUUACCAACCUGCCCCUUCUCGCUCCUACCAACCCGCCCCCGCUCCUUCCUACCAACCAGCUCCUACUCCUUCCUACCAAACCACUCCUAGCUAUGCAUAAUUCUUUUAACGAUGAAAGACCUGUAAUGUACAUUAUUUAUCGUGUAUUAUAAAUUUGCAUUUCAA